AUGAAUCUAAAAGAAUCCAGCGUGGUGGUCAUGUCGAUAGGCAUGUUUGUUUUUCUUGCAGGUGCCGUCCUUCUGAUGGACAGAGCACUGAUGAUAUCUGGUAAUCUCCUGAUAAUCAUAGGCAUUUCUCUUCUGGCAAGGUCCAGGAUGCUUACCUUGCUACGCCCCGAGAAAAUACAAGGCAUGGCGAUCUUUACAAUGGGCAUACUGUUUCUGGUUUACAGGUUUUUGGCAUUUGGCUUUCUUUUGGAGAUUCUGGGCCUGUUCUUGCUUUUAAGAGAUAGCAUUCCUACGUUUAGAAGCGUUCUGAGAAGCUUGGUGUUUGGAAAGUUAGAAAGACUUAUGAGAUAG